CUCUCUCUCUCAAUUUGGGCUAGACCUGCCCCUUCAGCUGUUGCAUGUUUGAAUUGAGGUCUCACUUGCAAGUCACACAGCAAACUUGUCAGUUCGACUCACUCGAAGGGUGCUCAUGUUUGGAUGCUAUACCGCUGAAAAGCAUCUGAAAGUUUUCAAGUGACAUGGACAAAACAGAGCUCAAUAGUCCCCUCUUGUGGUAAUCCUGAAGACUUCUUGGACUUGGAGGGGGGGAAAAAAAGAUAUGAAUAUCAUUUUAUCCCCUUGUGUGUUGAAGAACCCUUUUCCAUAGUGCUAGCCAAAAUCCUGUCAACUAAAAUGACUUUAUAGCUGCUCAGCUUAAGCAAAAGCACCAGAAACUAUGGAAGCCUCGGGUCCCGCCCACGCUGGGACUUCCCCAACCGUGUCUGCCUUGCACCCAUCUUCCACUCCCAUCUCCUCUUAUGGCUAUCUUCAGUUCUUCUGGCAUUACCAGAACAAGUCUGUCAUUCUGGAACAUUACAACUACACGGGCAAGCUGAAGGGCGACCGUUACCGUGACGGCCUCCAACCCGAGGGCAUCGCCUUCCUGGUGGUGUGUCUGCUCAUCGUGCUGGAGAACGCCGUGGUUCUUCUGGCUAUCUGGAGGAACAAAAAGUUCCAUUUACCCAUGUAUUACCUCCUGGGUAACCUGACUCUGUCGGACCUCCUGGCUGGGAUUACCUACAUGGCCAACAUCAUCAUGUCCGGGCCGAAGACUUUGCAGCUGACGCCUCUGCUGUGGUUCCUCAGGGAGGGAGGAGUUUUCAUCACGCUGGCCGCUUCUGUCAUCAGUCUGCUGGCCAUCGCGAUUGAACGUCAUGUAACCAUGGUGACCAUGAGGCCGUACCACGGGGCGAAGCGGGGGAGGAUGUUGGCGCUGAUUUGUGCGAGUUGGGCCUUAGCGAUCUUUUUGGGCGUCCUGCCCAUUCUGGGAUGGAACUGCAUCCACAGACUGGACCAAUGCUCCACCGUGCUUCCUCUUUACUCCAAGAGCUACAUCCUUUUCUGCGUGUCAGUCUUUAGUGCGAUUCUCCUCGCCAUCGUGGUGCUGUACGCCCGAGUUUUCCGCAUCGUCCGCACCAACACGCAACGUCAGCGGGUAGGCUUGUCGAGCAGCAUGAGAAAGGGCCUGGCCAGGAAGUCGCAAAAGUACAUCGCCCUCCUAAAGACGGUCACCAUCGUGUUAGGUGUCUUCAUCGCUUGCUGGCUUCCGCUCUUCCUCCUCCUCCUCCUGGAUUUCUUCUGCCCAACAGGCAGUUGCCGACUCCUCUACAAGGCCAACUACUUUCUGGGGGUGGCGAUGGUCAACUCGCUCCUCAACCCCAUCAUCUACACCCUAACUAGUAAGGACAUGAGGAGAGCCAUUUUAAGGCUGCUCUGUCGGCCGUGUCUCAUGACCAGGGACGGCCAGGUGAAGAAGAUUGGCAUGCCCUUCCUGGAAUGCAGCUUCAGUAAGACCGAGGUCCCCUCCCAGAAGCUGGAGCCGGGGAUGGAGACGACAAUCUCCUCCGGGAACGUGGUCACCAACCCAUCUCCGAUCAAGACACUCUAUCCGAAACUCUUGAAGCCUUAAAGACUUGUCGGCUUGGCUCGUACUUAACAGAAGACAUGUAGCACGCCUUUCCGAGGACAUGCAUGGAGCGGCUCUCCCACUGUACUGAUGUUUGAGGUACUAUGUUGGUACCAUGAUGGCCUUGGUCUCCUCACUAUGAACCUGAGAAGAAGUUUGGACUGUGUAGUGAAAAAUGAUGACUGAUGGGCUCGAACCAACAAAAAAGAUUGAAGCGUCCAACAAUCAAAGCUAGUGAAUAUAAAAUUAUUCCUGAAGAUGACUCAUCGCUGGUUGACUUGUUGACAACCAUGACAUGUAUUUAGACGCUGAGAAAACAAGGCCACUCAAAUGUGAACAAGGCAACUCUUGUCAACUAAUUUGCACUGACUGAGAUAUCAUUAAAAUUGAAAAAUUGGCUUGCACUCCUGUGGUUUGAAUCCAAGCCUGGGAGAACUCUUUGAUAAAACCAAUGUAAAUAUUACAUUCAGACUUUCUUUUGUGGGGGCUCCCUUCAAACGUUUGGUUUGGUUUCUCAUUAAAUUAGCACAGAUGGACACGAUGAUGUAUUUCGGUAAACACAUGGAUUUCGCUGGAUCGAAGGCCCCGAGGUGUGAUGGAUAGUUUACGUAACAGACGACGGCAUGGUUGACUGUGGUAGGAAAAUGAACAAUACAUCCAAUCAAACCACGGAAAAACUGCAAUGCAUCGUGUGCGAGGGAGAUGCAGAGAGAUUUUCUUGAAAUGACAUCAUCAAAUGUCAUCGGGUGUCCGGUGGAAACUAUGUCGGUUUUGGUUUUAAACGUCAGACCCUGUCUGCGAGGCACAACGCUGGAUUUGGAUACACUGACAGAAACCAACACGUCAUUUGUAUUAUCUCAUGUUUGGCAUUACGCUUUUUUGUAUAAAUGUUUUUGGGUUUUUUUUUUGUCUUCUGCCAGGACCUUCAUUGACAAAUGUUUUUUGUACUGUCAUUCAUCUUGUGAAAGUUUUUCUUUGAAAACAUUUGGUAACUGUUGUAUAGUAAAUUAUAUACAUUUUGUACUGGUGUCUGUUUUUUUUUUUUUUUUAAAUAAAUGACUGACAAUGUU